GUUAUGGAUAAUUUUUAAAUUUAUUAUGAUAGUCGUUAGGAAAUUUUGGACUAGAUCGGUCAUUUAAUAAAUUUUAGUAGAUUGGUCAAAGAAUUAGAUGGUAUUUAAUAGUCGGUUGAACUCGAUAGUUGGAUUAAAAAAAAAUUAUUUAUACUGAUCCAUGCUUAUAAAAAUCAUAUCGACACGGCGGUUUGACCUGUUGACCAACAAUUGACCGGAUCAAUAGAUGUGUCACCGAUCGUGAAGACCAAAACCAUUCCUCCCGCUUGCCUUUCCUUUCCCAGCGAUGGAUCGCGGAAGAGUGAUCGAGUUCCUGGCACAAAUCCCUCUGCUGCAGCGGCUCCCUAAUCUUUCUCUCCGCAAGAUCGCACAGUCUGUCCGGGUGAAGCGCUAUGAAAACGGUGAAUAUGUUGUUCACGAAGGGAAAACUGGAGAGCUUAUAUAUUUCAUCUUUGAGGGCCAGGCUGAAAUUUCUGGACCUGCAGAUGCUGAAGAAGGAAAUUAUCCUACUGUCUCAUUAAAAAAAUUUGACACCUUUGGCCAUGAAAAUUAUGGUUGCAUUAAUCGUGCUAAUGUCAUAGCAUUAUCUAAGCUAACCUGCUUGGUGCUGUCAGACCAUUAUAGCAAUUUUCUGCAACCCAAAUCAAUUUGGAAUGCAGAUGAAGCAUCUGAAGGUUUCUCACUUGUGGAGCGUACAUUGUGCCUAGAGCCACUGGAAGUGGAUAUAUUUCGAGGCUUUACUUUGCCAGGUUCUCCAUCAUUUAGACAAGUCUUUGGAGGCCAGUUUAUUGGACAGGCAUUAGCAGCAGCAUCUAAGACAGUGGAUUGCCUAAAAUUGGUGCAUAGUUUGCAUGCUCUGUUUAUUUUAGCUGGACAUAACAAUGUUCCCAUUAUAUAUCACGUUCAUCGUAUUCACGAUGGCAAGAACUUUGCUACCAGACAAGUUGAUGCCCAACAAAAUGGAAGGGUCCUAUUCAUUUUGCUUGCUUCUUUUCAGCAGAAAGUGGUUGAAGAAUUUGAACAUCAGGAAGUUUGCAUGCCGCAUGUACCUGAUCCAGAGACUGUAAGUCUUCCAAAUCUAGAAGAGCUAAGAGAGAGGCGUCUAUCAGAUUCCAAUCUUUCCAUGGAAUACCGAAACAAAAUUAAUAGUAAAAAAUUUAUUCCCUGGCCUAUAGAGAUAAGAAGUUGUGAUGCAAUCAAUUUCUCGGAACAAUCUCAACCAAGGUUGAACUAUUGGUUUAAAGCAAGAGGGAAACUUACAGCUGACCCAGCUUUGCAUAGGUGUGUUGUAGCAUAUGCUUCUGAUCUUAUCUUUGGUGGCAUUAGCCUAAAUCCUCACCGAAGGAGGGGCUUGAAGACAGCAUCUCUCAGUUUGGAUCAUUCGAUUUGGUUCCAUAGACCUGUAAGAGCGGACGAUUGGCUGUUAUUUGUGAUGGAGAGCUCAUCUGCUAGCGGAGGCCGUGGAUUAUGCAAUGGUCAAAUGUUUAACAAGAGCGGUCAGCUAAUCAUGUCGCUAACCCAAGAGGGUCUUAUUAGAAAAGCUAAAGUAGCAGUACAAAAUGAAGUUCCCAAAUCCAAGCUCUAAGAGCCCUUUGGUGUUCCUCUCCUGCCUUUAAGUUGUGCUGCUCGCACUAAGAUUCUCCAUUUGUAUUUCAAAGUGGGGGCCUAGGUCUAACACCUCAAAGGAUGGCUGAUGUAUUGAAUAAUAGUACCUACGGGAGUAAAAGAGGAAAUGCUUAUGUUUGGACUUAUGUGUAUAGUAUUCAAUCAGUGCCUAGCUUUAACCAAGCAAAGUUGGUCAAUAGUUAAACAAACAACGUUUGGACAUCUUGAUCAAUCAGUGUAUAGCUUUGUCAAGUUUUUAUAAUAUUGAGAAAUUUCAUUGGGGAGCCGACAA